AAUACGAACGUGUGUUUGUUUUCAUAAUUCAAUUGCUUGAAUUUUCGUUAAUUUCUUAGAAUAUAUAAUAUUAACAAUGUCGGAGAAGCAAGAGGACCGUCCGCCGCCGAUAAAGCGGUACAGGCGGGAGUCAAAAUCCUCGGAAUCUGAGGAAGACAUCGAUAAUUAUGAACCUUACAUCCCGGUGAAAGAACGGAAGAAACAACAGUUAAUAAAGCUAGGAAGACUCACCCAGAUCGCCGCUGAAGCCUCCGCGGAGACUAAAAGCUCUAGCGACAACGAUCCCGAUGACGAAACUUCGCAAGAAGAGUGGGGUCGGCGUUACAAUGUCUCCCUGCUCGAGCAACACUCGGAGUUGAAGCGUAUAGCGGAGGCCCGUGCCCUAUCUGCGGCGGAGCGGCAAGCACGCGAAGAACAACACAUAUUGGAGAGUGUGGCGCAAAGCAAAGCUCUUAUGGGUGUCGCUGAGUUGGCUAAAGGUAUCCAGUACGAGGAGCCAAUCAAGACAUCGUGGCGUCCUCCGCGAUGCAUCAUGGAGCUGCCUCCGGAGCGCCACGAGAGAGUGAGACAGAAGCUGAGGAUACUGGUGGAAGGAGAGGACGUGCCACCGCCCAUACGCACUUUCCAUCACAUGAAGUUGCCUAAAGGUAUUCUGCAAGGCCUGCAAGCGCGCGGAAUCCGGCAGCCCACCCCCAUACAGGUGCAGGGCAUCCCGGCGGUGCUGAGUGGACGCGACAUGAUAGGGAUCGCCUUCACGGGCUCCGGGAAGACCCUCGUGUUCACGCUGCCGCUGCUGGCACUGUGCCUCGAGCAGGAGGUCAAAAUGCCCUUCAUCAGAAACGAGGGUCCUUACGGGCUGAUCAUCUGCCCGUCCCGCGAGUUGGCAAAACAAACCCACGACAUCAUCCAGCACUUCGUCAAACACCUCAAGAUCUCCGGAAUGCCUGAGAUCAGGAGUUGCCUCGCUAUUGGAGGGGUGGCAGUAUCAGAAUGUAUGGAGGUGAUACAAAGGGGAGUCCACAUCAUGGUAGCUACCCCAGGGAGACUUAUGGACAUGCUCGACAAGAAGAUGAUCCGUCUAAACGUAUGCCGCUACCUUUGCAUGGAUGAGGCGGAUCGCAUGGUGGACAUGGGGUUCGAAGAAGACGUGAGAACCAUCUUCUCAUACUUCACCGGACAGAGGCAGACGCUGCUCUUCUCCGCCACCAUGCCGCGCAAGAUACACAACUUCGCCAGGUCCGCCCUGGUGAAGCCGGUGACGGUGAACGUCGGCCGCGCAGGCGCAGCCUCCCUCAACGUUCGACAGGAGUUGGAGCCUGUCAAGGCAGAGGCUAGGACGGUGCACUUACUACAAUGUCUGCAGAAAACUCCACCGCCAGUGCUGGUGUUCGCGGAGAGGAAACAAGAUGUGGACGCUAUUCAUGAAUACCUGCUGCUUAAAGGUGUAGAAGCAGUAGCCAUCCACGGCGGGAAGGAUCAGGAGGAGAGGUCCCGUGCGGUGGAGGCGUUCCGUCGUGGGGAAAAGGACGUGUUAGUGGCCACCGAUGUCGCCAGCAAAGGCCUAGAUUUCCCGAACAUCCAACACGUGAUAAACUACGACAUGCCGGAGGAUAUUGAGAAUUACGUGCAUCGAAUAGGACGUACGGGGAGAGCAGGCGGCGAGGGUGUGGCGACGACGCUACUGGGGCGGGCAGCCGACGACAGCGUGCUGCGGGACCUGGCGCACCUGCUGCGGGAGGCGCACCAGAAGGUGCCGUCAUUCCUGCUGGACAUGAUAGGCGAGGCGGAGGUCCCGGCGGCUGACGGGCAGGGCUGCUCCUACUGUGGAGGCCUGGGGCAUCGCAUCACAGAAUGUCCGAAACUGGAGGCGGUACAGAAUAAGCAGGCAUCCAACAUCGGCCGCCGAGACUACCUGGCUAACACCGCUGCCGACUAUUAAGGCAUUAAAUAUUAUAAGAUGUACAUUGGCCCCGAUUCCUGCAGACACAUCCCAAUUUUAUCGUAAGUUAUACCCGUCAUUAAGAGCAAUUAAUUAUAUAGUACAGUCAUGAGCAAUAUAAUGUACCCACUUUAGGACUCUGUCGCACUAACAUAUUUGACAUUUAGUGAGACUUACAGUUCAAUUUGUCAGUUCAAUUAAUGUGACAUGGUACCAAAGUGUAUACAUAUUAAUGCUCGUGGCCGUAUUCCAUAAAUUUUAUGCUUGUCGAUUACCCGUCCCUUUCCUUUUCGGCGGAUAAGAAAAUGACAGAUAUAACUUAAAAUAAAAUUAGAUGGUGUCUGGAAUCAUCAUCAUUAUUUGGGUUUGUAAAUAUUGAAUAAAUUGUAUCUUAAGACCGAUUUAGUGUUUGAAGGUUUAUACAGAGUGUUAGUCAGUGAAAACUUUGGAGGAUUUUUCAGACCAUUACUCUCCGACCGACCUCUGUGGUCCAGUAGUUGAGCGCUGGGCUCACGAUCCGGAGGCCCCGGGUUCGAUCCCGGUGGGGACACAUCACAAAAAUUACUUAAUGGUCCCUAGUUGGUUAGGACAUUACAGGCUGAUCACCAGAUUGUCCGAAAGUAAGAUGAUCCGUACUUCGGAAGGCACGUUAAGCCGUUGGUCCCGGUUACUACUUACUGAUGUGAGUAGUCGUUGCAUGAGCCAUGUCAGGGGCCUUUGGCGGCUCAAUAGUAACCCUGACACCAGGGCUGAUGAGGUUCGUACUCCACUUCACAACCCACACGAUAGAAGAUUACUCUUGAGUUGAUAUUAAGAGGAAUUUUCGUCGCGUUCCAACCCUUCAAAAUUAUAGUUACAAAAUAAAACAACAAAAUAGUAGCAAAUUAAGUAUAUUUGAGACUUCUAUAAAUACCAAAUAAAUGCUAAUUUUGAGACCGAAACGUUAACAAGUAAUUUCAUGAGAAUACGAACCAUAUUUGUCUAAUAAUUUAGAACUAUGACACAAACAGUACAUAAGUGAAUAUCACUUUACAAAAUUCAUAACAAACGCAA